CUGGGAAGUGGCCCUACAAGGCCUUUUCCAGCCUCCUCCGCAGCUGGGCUGCUGCUCUCCCAGGCGGGGCGGCGCGGGGGGCGUUUCUCGAGAGGCCUCCGAAGAAGAAACGGGCUUUUUUUCCCUUUUUUCUUUUUUUUUUCCCGGAGCCGCUGCCCCGCCUGGGCUCCGGCAGCCGCGGUCGCCCCCGCGUCCCGGGAAGCGCAGGGAUUUCGAGGAAGCCUCGUGCCCGGCGCUGGCCCUCCGGAGAGGCCCGUCACCCCGGUGGCAUCGCGCCCGGAGCCUGGCUCCGUCCCGGGGGGCGACGCUGGCCCCUCCGCGGGGUCCCUGACGGGGGGGCAGAGGGAUGGCCGAGGACGGCGGGGCGGGGGCCGCCCCUGACACCGCCCAGGACGCGGCGAGGGAGGAGGCACCGGCUCCCGCAGCCACCUUCAGAGCGGGCAACGUGGAGGAGCUCUACGAGCUGCUGGAGAAGCUGGGCAGCGGGCACUUUGGCGUGGUGAAGCGGUGCCGGGAGCGGAGCACGGGCACCUUCUACGCCGCCAAGUUCGUGAAGACGCGCAAGUGCCGGGGCAGCCGGCUGGGCUUGGAGCGGGCGCAGGUGGAGCGGGAGGUCUCCAUCCUCCGGCAGCUCGACCACCCCAACAUCAUGCGGCUCCACGACCACUUCGCCAGCAAGGCCGAGACGGUGCUGAUCCUGGAGCUCAUCCGCGGCGGGGAGCUCUUCGACUUCAUCGCCGAGAAGGAGGUGCUGACGGAGGAGGCGGCCAUCGAGUUCCUGGCGCAGAUCCUGCGCGGGGUGCAGUACAUGCACGCCCGCCGCGUCGCCCACUUCGACCUCAAGCCCGAGAACAUCAUGCUGCUGGAGAAGGACGUCCCCAAGCCCCAGAUCAAGAUCAUCGACUUCGGGCUGGCCCAGAAGCUGGAGGACGGCGUGACCUUCAAAAGCCUCUGCGGGACCCCCCAGUACAUCGCUCCCGAAGUGAUCAACUACGAGCCGCUGAGCGCUGCCACCGACAUGUGGCUCAGCGGCUUGUCCCCCUUCCAGGGCGAGACGGACGCCGAGACCCUCGCCAACGUCGUCGCCGGCGCCUACGAGUUCGAGGAGCGCUGCUUCGGCCAGACCUCCGACAUGGCCAAGGACUUCAUCCGGCAGCUCCUGCUCAAGGAGCCGGGGAAGCGCAUGACGGCGGCCGAGUGUCUCGUGCACCCCUGGAUCAAGCCCCUGAGCCGGAAGCAGGCGGCGAACCGGAGCCGCUCCUCCAUCAACAUGAAAAGCUUCCGCAAGUUCAACGCCCGGCGGAAAUGGAAGCUCUCCUAUAACAUGGUGUCGGCCUGCAACCGGCUCUGCCGCAUGCGGCUCCUGUGCCACCGGAGGAAGGAGGACGAGGAGCUGCGCUGCUGCGAGAGCGACCAGGAGGCCGACGACAGCCGCCCCGUGAUGCUGCUGCGCCGGCAGAGGAGCAGCUGCUCGUGAGCAGGGGGAGGCAAGCGGGACCCCCCCAGUGGGGCUGUGCUGGGGGGGGGUCCUCCCGCCUCCCCUCCUGGUGCCCCAGCUGGGCUGGACUGGAGCAUCGCUGUGCCGGAGCCGCUGUCCGCUCCCGUCGUUCCCAGCCCUGGGGGGUCCCCGGGGCCGCUGGGGCAGUGAGACCCCCUUUCUGCCCCCCCCCCGGGCCCUGCUGGCUCCCCGUUUCCGUGGUAUUUGGAGAAAUAAAUGUGCCCCCCCCA